CCACCAUAACAACAAGUUAACCCACAGGGGGCCACGAUUGGUUGGGUUACUUUGGAAAACACAUGAAGUCGAACGGGUUCCGCGCUCUCAGGGAAUAUCAGAAGAUAAAUCACUUUCCUGGUUCGUUUCAACUUGGAAGAAAAGAUCGCUUCUGGAGGAAUAUAUCUAGAAUGCAGACCCGAUUCGGCAAGAAAGAGUUUGGAUUCGUACCCCAGACUUACAUAAUGCCUUGGGAUAAAAAGUUAUUGAAGAACGCAUGGGAAGAAGGGAGUUCUAAACAAAAAUUUAUUCUUAAACCGCCAGCAUCAGCACGGGGUAUCGGGAUUCGGGUCAUUCAUAAAUGGAACCAGGUUCCGUUGAAGAAAGCUGUGAUUGUUCAAAAAUAUUUAUCCCGUCCAUAUCUUAUCAAUGGAAGCAAGUUUGACCUGAGGUUAUACGUCUACGUGACCUCGUUUGACCCCUUGAGGAUUUAUUUGUUCGAGGACGGGUUGGUUAGAUUCGCAACUUGCAAAUAUUCAUCUUCAAUGAAGCACUUAAGCAACCGUUACAUGCAUCUCACCAACUACAGUAUCAACAAGAAGUCAGGAGAGUUUCAACAAAACGAUGACGCCACUGUUUGCCAAGGACACAAAUGGAGCUUGAAAGCAUUAUGGGGCCACCUACAAGAACAAGGUGUGAACACGGAUAAAAUAUGGGAACAAAUGAAAGAUACCGUCAUCAAAACUAUCAUAAGCGUGGAACAAUUCACCAACAGCUUGGUGAAAUCAAACUGCCGACGUAGAUAUUGUUGUCAUGAAUUAUUUGGGUUCGACAUAAUGUUGGACGACAAGUUACGACCAUGGGUGCUGGAGGUUAACAUAUCUCCGAGCUUACACUCAAACUCCCCCCUUGACGUUGAGAUCAAAGGUCCGAUGGUACGCGACAUGUUCAACCUCGCUGGGUUCCUCGUCCCCGAUAAACGACAGAUACUCGCCAACGCACCAACCCCUUCUACAGGCACCGGCACCACUGUGAGCGCAGCUGCAAGUUUCAGCCAGGACAAACGUAAACAAGGACAGGAAAUAUCUACGGACAGCCGAGCUAAACAUACCUACUUUGCGCAACAUCAUAAACAAAUGGAUGAGAGCGAGUUGACUUCCCUAAUGCUCGACACUUUAACCAUCAACGACAUUCGUAUCUUGGUCGAAAGUGAGAACGAAAACGCACGAUGUGGGGAAUUCCAACGGAUAUUUCCCUCAGUAAACAAGAAAUACCUUCAUUACUUCGAACAUCCUCGAUAUUACAACUUCCUCCUUCAUACUUGGGAACAAAAGUACCGCCAUCAACAUAUGAGAGGUUAUUCAUUGUUGGAAUCGUUUUGUCGAAAAGGUUUGCAUCUCCCUGCUGAGCUAACCCACGUCCCCCCCGACCAUAUAUGGAGUGUUUCCACGAUCAAUAAUAAGCAAUACGUGUCACCAAGACCAGACAACCGUCCCCCACCCCUUAUAAAGAGCCCACCAACCUCCAUAUUCUACAACCACCAUGUCAACAACCCGCUUACACCAAGUGACAUCACAAUUACAGUCGGCUUCCGUCAGCAAAAGAAGAAAGCACUGAUGACAUCACAAACACCAUGAAUCGGUUAAUUGUGACGUCAAAAUCCCUCGUUCCGGUGACAUCGGUUAAGUUAAGACAAUCUCCAGGGAAGUAACACUGCCCUCUAAUGGUGCAAUGUACGAGCGACGAACAGGGCCCCCCCCCCUUAUAUUUUACCUUCCAAUUCAACACUGUGGAUCACCAACGUAACAAACAUAGAAAUAUUAUUAAUUUAGACCAAGGUAGAUAUUUAGCAAAAUUAUUAAACUUUCUUUUCUAAUAAACUUAGUUCAAACAA